AUGGAGUCACUAGAUCUGCAUGACUGUGGGCUGGUAGGCAAAUUGCCUAGUUCAUUGGGAAUGCUGAGAAGCCUGCAGCAUCUCUAUCUCAGCUCCAACUCUUUUUGGGGAUCCAUUCCAGAAUUUAUUAUCAGCAAUUUAUCAUCAUCCCUGAAGACACUUGAUCUCAGGAAUAAUAUUUUCAACGGUUCCAUUCCUCAAAGUUUGGGAAAACUUUCUCAGCUAGUGAGCCUUUAUCUAUCUUAUAAUUCAUGGGAAGGCAAUUUAACCAAAGCCCAUUUCAUAAAUCUCACAAAAUUAGAGUCUUUUGCAGUUAGCACAGCCCAACCUGUGCCCAUCAUUUUCAAUUUGAUUGAUUAUGAAUGGAUUCCUCCUUUCAAGCUCCACCGCAUUGAAAUGCACAACUGCCGAGUAGGCCCCGGCUUCCCUGUAUGGCUUCAAUCUCAAACUGAGCUCGUGUGGGUCUCACUUGAGAAGGCUGGACUCUCGGGUCCAAUACCAGAGGAAUGGCUCUUUAAGAUAUCUCCCCAAAUCCACUGGUUGGAUUUAUCUUACAAUCAAAUAAGUGGAAAGCUUCCGUUCCGAUUCAACUCUUUUCCGAAUCUGGGUUCCAUAGUUUUGAGCCAUAAUCAAUUUGAUGGCACUAUUCCAUCAUCUAUUUGUAGCAUUCAAUCUCUAUAUGACCUUGCUCUGAAUAACAAUCAGUUAUCUGGAGAAUUCCCUAAAGAAUGGAGUUUGUGGAGCCGCAUAGACACUGUGGAUGUCUCAAACAACAAUAUGUCUGGUAAUAUUCCAAGCUCAAUGGGCAUUCCAAGUUCUCUUGGAAUACUAAAGACAGACAACAAUCAUUUUAGCGGAGAAAUUCCUUCUGCCUUGCAAAAUUGCUCUGGUUUGCAGAGACUUUAUCUUGGAGCCAACAAAUUUACUGGAAGCAUACCUUCUUGGAUAGGAUCAAAAGUAUCCACAUUCACAGUGCUGCAAUUGCAAUCAAACUCUUUAAGUGGACAUAUUCCUCAUCAUUUGUGCAGUCUUCCUUUCCUUCAGAUCCUAGACCUUAGUCACAAUAGAAUUUCAGGGACUAUUCCCAACUGUUUGAAUAAAUUGACUUCUUUAAUCUCUAGUAGUGAUGAGGGUUGGAUCGUCUCUGGUGAUUUUGAGGUAAUAACUGUGACUGUAAAAGGAAGAGCAAGUGAAUACUUCUCUGGCAAUGAGAUGCUUCUAACCAUUAUUGAUUUUUCGCAUAAUGAUUUAGAAGGUGAAAUUCCUGAAGAAAUUAGCAGUCUCGUUCGAUUAGCUACAUUAAACUUGUCCGUUAAUCAAUUAAGUGGAAAUAUCCCCUCAAAAAUUGGAAACUUGCACUUGCUUGAAACACUUGACCUCUCCCAGAACCAGCUUUCAGGACAGAUUCCACAAAGUCUCGCUUCUUUGACCUUCUUAUCUCACCUGAACUUGUCUUGCAACAACUUGACCGGAAGAAUUCCUUCGGGCAACCAACUUCAGACGCUUGAUGAUUCAUCUAUUUAUGAGGGCAAUCCUUCACUCUGUGGAUUUCCUCUUUCAAAUUGCACAGAAGUUGGAGGCAACAUGCAUGAGACUCAUGAAGCUGAUGAUGAAAAGCUUGGUUUAUAUACCAGCGCAGUGCUUGGCUUUAUCAUAGGCUUUUGGAGUGUUUGUGGCACAUUGAUAUUGAAGAAGUCAUGGAGGUAUGCUUAUUUUCAAGUUUUUGACCACAUCAAAGAGAAAGUAGCACUAGCAAUUGCAUUGAAAGUAGCUCGUUGA